AUGUGCGGCCUGGCCGAGUACAGCGCCCAGUUCGAGCUGGGCGGCAUCACGGGGCGCCGGCUGCUCUUGCUCGACGAGGUGGCCCUGCGCGAGAUGGGCGUCAGCAAGUGGGGCCACCGCAAGCAGAUCCUGCGACGCACCGCCGAGGCCCGCCACUCAUCGCGCCGGCGACUGCGCGGCCGGCCCGCGGUGGCCCAGUGGUCGGAGCGCGAUGUGUGCGACUGGCUCAAGCUCAUCCAGUUGGCCGACUACCGCCAGGUGUUCGUCGACCACCGCAUCGACGGCCGACGACUGACCGCACUGACCGACACCGCCCUCGUCGAGGACAUGGGCAUCACCACUCUCGGCCACCGCAAGCGCAUCCUCAAGGAGCUCCGCGCCGCCAUCGCUGCCGGGGCGACCGCCGCGGCCCACCACCAGCGAAAAGCCAAGCCCGACUCGCCUGAGCUGGGUCGCACAAAGUCGAAACGGAAACGAGCAGAACUAGACCGGCCGUAA